UUCCACUUUUGAUUAGCCGGGAUUUAUAAGAAACUACAAGCUGCUUACCAACAUAAAGUGAUCUCGACUAUGCUGUCAAAAGGUUUACUGAGGGUUCUCCUUGGUAUCACCAAUGUCCUCUUCUUCAUUGCUGGUGGGACAGCCCUAGGUGUGGGGAUAUGGUAUUCCAUGGACAAAUUGUUCAUAGCAGAUGUCAUUGGGACAGAUCUGUUUUCUGCAGCAUCCUACCUCUUCAUUUUCUGUGGAGCCUGCAUUCUUAUCUUGUCAUUCCUUGGAUGUUCAGCCUCUGUGUUUGAGAGCAAGAGACUUUUGAUUGUGUAUUUAUUUCUCGUCAUCCUCAUUCUAAUAGUUUUCCUUUCGGCUGCCAUCGUAGCUGCUGUAUUUCAAGGGGAGUUAACAAGUUCACUAGUGACCAGAAUGCAGACAACACUGAAACAGAGUUAUGGUAACAAUAUCUAUUCCAAUGCUGAUAAUAAGAGAAUUACAGAAUCCUGGGACUUCACUCAGAAGAUGCUGAGGUGUUGUGGUGUAGAAGACAGUGGCUAUGGUAUCUACCGAGAAACACAAUGGUACCGUGAUGGAGUAUCACAGGCAAUUGACGGGUCACAAGUGAAUUUCAUCCCCAAGUCCUGUUGUGUGUACCUGGAGCACAGACAGAAAUACCAGAAUGUUGAUCUGUGUCAGAGAAAUCCAUAUGGUCCUCCAACCAAUCCUGAUCCAAACACAUCUAAAAAUGACAACAUGUAUUAUGAUGGUUGUCUGUCUGCAGCAAAGUAUUAUGGUGAGGACAAUGCUGGCAUUAUUCUUGCCAUUGGAUUUGGAUUUUCAUUUGUCCUGAUUGCUGGUAUUGUUUUAUCCAUCCUACUCAUCAGAAAGUUUGUGAACUUGAGCUUUGAUCCAGUCAGCACCAAAGUCACUUGAACCUGCUGAUAAUUGAUUCUUCAUCGGGAUGCUGUGCCAAUUUGUCAAGAGAACAUAUAUAUGCAUGUCUCAAUAUGGAAGACACUUUUUACAUUGCAGGAGAUUCGGUCACACCAACUUUUUAAAACAAACUUUUUUAAUCUGUCUAUUAAAAUUAAUGUAAUACCUGGAGAUUUAUUUAAAGAAUAACCAAGAAUCUUACAGGUUUGGUAUUGUAAUUUUUAUGACCUAACCUUUCUUUUAACUUCCAUUUAUUUGGAAAGGUAUUAAUUGAACUGCACUUACUCAGAAGUUAAGAUUAAAUUACUUUCCUGUAUAUUUUUUACUCUAGAUUCAAGAUAAAACUUUACAUAUUUUAUUGUAAUGCUAUUUGAAUUGAAAAUUAGAUACAUUAUUAUUCGGCUGUAAAUUUAUCAUUUCAACAAAUAAAUUUAAUUCAAUAAACUUUAAAUAAUGUUACAUGAGUAUUAUUAAACGUUAAAUAACACAUAAAAAAAAUAUUUUUUUAACAAAAAGUAACAAAACAAAAGUGUUCUGAGUGUUUCAGAUAAAAAGACUGUCUGAUGAGAAAAUCUGUUGACAGGAAAAAUAGUUAAGAUUAUGAUUAUUUCCUAGAGCAGCUCAUGAUUAUUUGGUAGCUUGUCUAAUAAGUCAGAUUUCAGUUUCUAUGUCGGAUCACCAUCAGAAUCCAAGUGGUUUGGCCUUGAUCUGUGUACAAAUCUUGUCUGUGCCUUUUAUGUUCAAACGAAAUCAAAGUCUCACAGCUAACCAUUUCAUUGGCUAAAUGAAAGGCCAAAUCAUGUACCAAAUGCAAGAAUGAUGAAAUUUCAUGCAUGUACUUUGAUGAUUACAGCUUUGCCCAAACUAAAACUGGUUGACUUGACUUUUAUGCUUCUCCAUCAUGUUAUGUAUAAUAGAAACUUACACAGGCCAGUUCUGUGGACAGGGACAUCUCAACCUUAGUGUAAUUAUAAGAGUUUGGUUGGGUAGCAUAUAGUAUGAAUUAUUCUGACAUUUUAUCAGGUUUUUUUUUAUAUCAGUCUGGCGAUAAUCAAUGCCAGACUGAUAUAAAAACAAAAUUUAUACAACUUUAGGAUGAUUCAGACUAGGUAGCAUGAGGCUUGCUGAUCGAGUGCUGGCCAGUCAAGUAAACUCUAGGGGUAUAGAUAUAUCUCUGUCUAUAAUACAGGCCUGUUUGAUGAUUUUUUAUCUCGCAUAUCUUAAAGUUGUAAGGAGUUGAAUGUCCCAUAAAAUGUGUGUUGAAAUGGAUGACGUUAUCAAUUUGUGACAAAAUGAUGAUGUAACAUGUACACUAAUUUGAGCAGUGUCAUAGUGGAUGCAAGCUGUCUUUCCCUUCCCUGUGUAAGAUCAAUUUACCCCAUCCCUAACAACCACAGGAUCUCCCUGUGAAGUAUGUGUGAAUAUUGUAUAUAUGUAUCAAUGAGGUCACAAGUGAACAUGCCUACAUAAAAAUUUUGAGACAAAUAGACUUGUAGCCUUUGAUGUUUCCAUGACAUAUCCCAGUGGUGCAGAGAAUGUUUGAUUAGAUUAGUACAUGUAUGAAGACUGCCCAAACCCUACAAAGAUUAUUAUGUCUGACUGGGCCAUGCCUGGCACCAGUUUCAUCAAUAUUCCUUAACUUGAGGAAAUGAUUGAACUUUAAAUCUUCCCUAGGGAAUCAUUACAUAGUUUAAGGGAAGAUCCCCCCCCCCCCCCCCCCCCC